AAUCAGAACGUUUUCGGUUGCCUCCAUGUAUGGACGUACGUUCUUUUUAAAUUGUUUUUUUCAUGUUUAACCAGCCAGUAUUGUGUUAAAAAAACUUUUUAAAACAAAGUGCAGAAAAAAAAUCGUUAGUGAAAAAUUGUGGCCAGUUCGUGUAUUUUGAAUUAAAAAAAAACUAAAGUGAUUUAUUUUUAAAAUAUCUUGUAAUUUUUUAAUAUAAAAAUUUACAAAGUAAUAUAUCUUUGUAUAUAAACUUUUGAUAAAAACUUCGAAACGAUAAAUAAGACGCUAUAAAAAUUGUAAAUAUUUUUCAUUAAAAACUUUACAAAACCCAUAAAAAUGAUUCCAAAAUUAUACUUCAUCGCACUAUCAAUAAUUUCAAUAAACGCCGACUUCUUCCUAAGUCAAGUAAACCACAUGGAGUACUAUAAAAACAGGACGCGUCCUUCAAAAGCCUUCAGUAGUUUUUCAUCGAAUUAUUUCAACCAAAACAUUUUACCGUCAAGUGGUAAGGGUGAAAAGGUGCAGUGCGGCACAAGGACUGUGGACUUCAACCCCACGAGGAAUGGAAGGAUCGUCGGUGGCACGGAGAGUCCUUACGGCGCGUUUCCUUGGCAGGUGGAGAUCCAGAUGUUGGAUGUUGAUAAGUUGGUGUUCGAGCAUCAUUGUGGGGGCGCUGUCAUCGCCGAGAGAUUAGUGCUCUCCGCCGCACAUUGCUUUGAUAAACAACCUCUCCAGCUGGACCACAUCCGCCUGGUGGUCGGCGAGCAUCGGCUGAAGGUGCAAGAUAAGCACGAGCACAGGUUCUUGGCGGAAAAGGUGGUGCCCCAUCCGGACUUUAGGAAAAACGGCCCCCACAGCAAUGACAUUGCUGUGAUCCUAGUAUCCAAGUCCGGGAGCGGCAUGCAGUUCAACUCUCACGUGCGGCCGAUAUGUCUGCCAGAAGCCACAGAGACCGUAGGACAGUGGUGCGCUGUCUCGGGCUGGGGGUUACAGGGAGAAAGUAACGAGAACUUCGCUCCAGUACUAAGAGCAGCUGCGGUACCCGUCAUGGACUUGGCCACUUGCAGAAAGAAUCAGGUCCUUGGAGGGAGACAGCAGCCGAUUCUGGACUCUAUGAUAUGUGCGGGUACUCUUUCGGGUGGCGUUGACGCAUGUCGAGGAGAUUCGGGGGGUCCUCUCGCCUGCAAAGGUCAGAGCCGGUGGCAGUUGCAGGGUGUGGUUUCCUGGGGAUCAGGGUGUGCGAGAAGAGCCAGGCCUGGCGUCUACACCAGGGUUUCUUCCUACGUCAAAUGGAUCAGAAGCACGGCAGCAGGUUUAGGGCAUAAGAUAGCUUCUUAAUAAAAAAAGGAAGUUAAAUUGAAGCAAAGUUCAAAACGUCUACUCCGAAAAUUGAUAACGAUAUAUUCGAUAGGAUACUCCAAAUAUCACACUGACUCUACUCUUAGGGCGCUUUUAAGUCAGCCGCGUAGUACUUAGCAACAAAUUUAAUUCGCUCUUUCGUCUUUUGCUUUGUAGUCCAUUGAAAAGUUACA